AUGGAGAACAUUCUCUCAUCUCUGAAUAGCCUCACUGAGACAUGGCUGACCUUUGGCUCAGCUUCCUAUCAUAUAGACCUCAACGACACCUUACUAGGUGGGCUGGGGUUGCUGCUUCUCUAUGUCUGCUACCUGAUAGUGAAACUGGUUUUACAGUCACUGUGGAAAAAGAAAUACACCCAAAAGCUGCAGGAGAAAGCCAAGGAAACCGGGGCAACUCUUAAAGAGAACUUGCUUUCUCCCACACCGCUGGGUGACUUUCUGAUACCGGAGCCAAUGCCUCCCUUGAGCCCUGAAUUUUUCCCGGACUCUACCCCACCCUAUACACUUGCCUCUUUGACUCUUCCAACAGAAGAAGCACAGGACUCAGAAGUGGUCUUCCCACCGGAAGCCACUAGAUCUCUGGUAAGCAGACCCAGUGAGGUGUCUGUUAAUGUCCCAAUAACAACAAGCACUGGCUAUGAAAGACAGCCAGCUCCAGGCCCCUCCCAGCAGCGGCCUGCGGCUGAUGAGCCGUUAUCUUCAGAUUUGGCACACUCCUUUAACCAACCUCUCCCAGACCCCCACACUUCUCAAGUCCCCUUGUGGGGAGGCCAUCUAGAGUCUGGAAACUUCUUAGCUCCUGACUCUGAUGCCCUGGUACGACUCAAAAGGCAGAACAGAAAAGGGGGUGAUUUCCAUACCACAAGCGAUCCAGAGAACAAUGAAGGUUUUAUAAAGUCACCCCAUUCUUUGGAGAAGCGGUCCUCUGCAGAACCAUCGGCUAACCCGCAGGCUUUGUCAGCCUCUCAUUUGGCAAGCAGCAAAAGCAAGCACAUGUACCAGCAGGUCCCUCAAUCCAAGACCUCUGGAGACGAUGCAGAGUCUAAACCCUCCCAGCUCUUCUGGGGUCCCCCCUCUCUACACAGUGAGGCCUUGCAUCCUACCACUCCUGCCCAGAGUGACCAUUCCCCAACACCCGUCUACUUCAACAGUAUGGCUGAAGCCUCCAUGGCCAUUACUCUCCCCACAGCCCCUCUGGUGACUGAAAGUCAGCCACAGACCUGGCUACAGACACAGUCCAGACCGCAUUCCCAAGCUGGCCCUCACACCGAGUCUCAAGCUCAGCCUCAACCCCACACCCCAGUCUUGGUUUUGACACAUUCUCCUCAGUCCCAGCUUAAAGUCUGUGGUGUACAAUUUCACAGAACUCAGGAAGCACAACCUCUUGGUCCGUCUGAAACACAGUGUCUGGAAUACAACAUCUUGAAAAAGGAGCAGGAGAAAGUGUGGGGUUUACCCUCUGUGGUCCAGAAAUCCCAGGACACUUUUUGUCCCCCACCUCCCAAGCCCUCAUUGGUGAGCCGGUCCUUCAAGUCCCAAACUCCCAGGCCCAUCCCUCUUGGAGACUUUCCCCUCACCAACGAGCUUCGUAAGAAACUGGAGCACCACCUCCGGAAGAGACUCAUUCAGCACCGCUGGGGGCUGCCGCACAGGAUCAAUGAGUCCCUGUCACUAAUGUACCCUCAGUCAGAGUUGAUGGAGCCCCUAGAGUCAGGGAGGAGUCGUGGGCUCUCCUGGAUCUCUUUCUUUAAGCAUCGAGGCAGCAUGGAGUCCUAUGCCACAGUACUCAGUGGAUCUGGAAAAUCUCGCAAUAGUACCUCAGAGAGUCAUCCCCUAGCAGGGACUGAGGUCAAAGCACAGACAUACAGUCAAGAUACUGGCCAAGAAGACCAUCUGCAGAAUAACUUCCGGGAGGCCCCAAGGAACAGUCUAGCAUCUGCUUUGAAGACAGACCAGGAGCGUCUUGCUGGGAGUCGGUCAGACCAACUCUCAAGUCUCUCACUGGUGAGCCAGUGUCAGAAAAGGAUUGAAAAUGCACUGGAAGAACACUUCCACAAGAAAACUCAAGAAAUCCACAAGGGUCAGAUGCCCAGCACCGUGGAGAAAUCCUGGCGCUCGAUCAACAAGCCACAGCCUCCACCUGAGACAACCCCCGGGGAACUGAAAGAUCUGACACCGUUGGCAGGCGAGGAAGACGCACUGAUAGAACACCAGCAUGGUUUGUUGCUCAAUCAGAGCAAAGAAAAGGUCUUGGAAGAACACAUUAAAACCUUCGGCAGGAGGAUGACAUUCGGUCUUCCCCAAAGAGUCGAGGAAUCCCUAGAGUCCUACAUGACACAAGCCGAACCGUCUCAUUAUUUCUCUCAGUUCCACAUUCACCCCCACACCGUAGCUGGAAUGGAUUCCGGCCAGUCCUCCAGGUUCCUGCAAAGACACCCGAGUGGAGACGGAAUGCGGACAAUGAAUGCCGUGCCCACCCGAGGAACGCGUCUUUCUGCUUCCUCACCUGUGAGCAAGGUAGAGCCGGCCUCUGAGCACAAGAGAGGGUUUGUAGACAAAGACCUCAGCAUAGCUCAAAGUGGCAGAGAGCCGAUCCAGUCCUGGAUACCCAGUAUGGUAGACAAAAGUAGCCUGCAACAGUCUGGAUCAAACAGACAGAGCCCAGAGCUGCCCAUGAGAAAGGACGGGCCAACAGAUGAGACACUGGCUUCCAGCACCAAGACACGGGGGCCUCAGGGGCAAAGGAGGAGCUGGAGGGAUGGCUCCAUGACUGAGGGGACCACAGAGCUACUCAAGGGACAGAAACACCCUUGUCUUCACCCACACUCCCCGAAGAUCUUGACUGUCCCCCAAGACACAUGCUCCCCAGGGAGCCACGGGAAUCCAUGUCAAGCCAUGCAGGGAAUGUCAGUUCCCCACAACCCUGAAACAUUCGAUUCUAAAAGUCGGGUGUCCAGAGGAGUCGUGUUGCCCUCAGAGAGGGGGCUUCACCUCCAGGCCACGGGCGUGCCUCACGUGUCCUCGGCCUCAGAAGAAACGACUUCCAAAUGCCAGGACCCCUCCAGUGGGAACAGGACAGCUUCUCAGGUGCUGCGGGUGUACUUGCCCACUGUGGGAGUCAGCAUGGAGCCGGGACAUGGUCCCUGGUUCCCCCCACAUGCCUCUGGCAAGUGCCGGAGCCAGGCGUGUUCCCCAGCUGCCAAGGGAGUAUCCCCACCGGCAGCCGAGUCAGGAAAAUUUGGUGGAGGGGAUGCAAGCUUAGGGUCAUCCCAAACCAGAGGAAAGAGGCACUCUGUUCAGGCCAGGGCACCAAAGGAAACACAUGGACACACAUCUUCCCUGGCACUGUCACCUAAGGGGCAGCCUCCAGAAAAUCAGUUCACCAACCCGGUGAAGUGCUUCUGGCAGUGGAUGUCCCCUGGGAGAAAACACAAAGGUCAGGAAAAGUCCCUGACCAAGGGCAGCUCCUCAUCACCAUCUGGGAAGAGCAAAAGCCUUGUCAAAGAGAGAUGUGAGUUUUUUGGGAACAUUGAAGCUCAGAGUUGUAUGAGAGACCCCGGGGUGAUCCCCAGGAAACAGUUAGAGCACAGGCAUGGGACAGUCAUCCCCUGUCCCCAGGCCACUGGGCCUUCCCUCAAGGGGUCUGAAGAAACUCGGCAGGCCCAGGCAGGGCCUGUCAAGAGGCAUCACUCCCGCAGCCAAGCUCCCCACUCUCAAGUGCAAAGGGUUGGGUCCUGCAACCCAGAACGAGGGCAGAUAACCCCCAAGAGAUGUGGCAUUGCAGGAAAAGCUGAGGUGGUGGAGACCUCCCCCAUACGUGCCUCACAGGGAACCCGAGUCCCGCCCAAAUCAACUCUGUAG